AAGGAAAGAGCGAGCCUCGCAGCACGGGAGCUGGCUUCACCCGAGUGUGCACUUUAGAAGUCAAAACAAAACAAAACAAAACGAGCAAACCAAAAGCUUUAUUCCAAAUGCCACCGUUCUGGAGGAGGCUGAAGAGAAAGGACCCCAAACUGGCUAAAUGCUGAAGGAUGCAGUCAGACAGGGCACAGAGCGAACCCAAACGCAGUUUGAGCGUGGGCUCGGAAGUGCAAUGUAAGUCUCUCUUAAAUCGUUUUGUUUUGCUUUCAAAUCAUAGCACCUGGUUUCUUUCUUUUUUGUUUUGAAGUCAGGCUGGGCCAAAAGGUACCAUUAGUGACAAAAAUCAGCACGGAGCAGAACGUGUAAUCUCUGAUCUGGGGCUGAAAAUGACCCUGAGAUGCAACAGAAGUCAGAGACUAUCGGGCGUAUUGUGGAAGAUGCACUAUAAAUAAGAGCAUAUCUAAUUAUUUCAAGAGAAAGAUGCUGGACAGAAUCUUUAAUCAACUUUCUUAACGGGGAAGUAAGAGCUCUGCUGUUUUGUAUGGCAAGCUAUUUUAACACUGCUGUGCUCAAAAUUGUGUGAUUACAGUUACCAAUAGCAAUAAGAUGUAGCUCCAGAAGGGAGUCCCAGUGGCUGCAAAAGUUUUUUCUCUCUUAUUUCUACGACACCUUUGUUCUCUCAAGCCUCAAGUCCACGGUCUCUAUCCUCCAGUUUGGCUUUGCUUUUUACCUGGGUUUUCAGUGCCAACUCUGGACUUCCCAUGGAACAGAAAACAAAACAUUUCGGCAUUUGGAGUAAUUCCGGUAUGUUUUUCUACAUCGUGCUCAUGGUAAAAAUGCAGUUGACAGAGGAUUGGGCUCCACCAACUUCUGCCACGGACAACUGAGGAAUGCAAAGCCUGAUGGUGACGAAGGGUGACCGUUUCCUAUUUUUCACCAUUUAUCUCAGCGAUUUCGGACUUAGCGAUGGAUACCCUUUGUGAUGAGGAGAGCUCUGUGAACCCAACUGCAAACCCCUUAAUACAAAUAAAUCACGAGAGGAGACUCUACAGAAACGUCUACGGACCGGGAGAGAUUAAUGUGUCACAUUUCUGUAACUUGACUGCAGACCCCGAAAACCUGACCAAUCUGUCAUGUGAAAGUCCGCCGUGCUACUCUUCCCUCUUUCAGCUCUCAGAGAAAAACUGGCCAGCUCUGCUGACAGUGAUAGUGAUUGUUUUAACCAUUGCUGGGAAUAUUCUUGUCAUCAUGGCUGUGUCGCUGGAGAAGAAGCUGCAGAAUGCCACCAACUAUUUUCUCAUGUCACUUGCCAUAGCUGAUAUGCUGCUGGGUUUCCUUGUCAUGCCCGUGUCAAUGUUAACCAUACUGUAUGGAUACAAGUGGCCUCUGCCUAGGAAGUUCUGUGCCAUUUGGAUCUACUUGGACGUGCUUUUCUCCACUGCCUCCAUCAUGCACCUCUGUGCCAUCUCAUUGGAUCGUUACAUCGCCAUUCGAAACCCCAUCUACCACAGCCGGUUUAACUCAAGAACAAAGGCUUUUGCAAAAAUAAUUGCUGUUUGGACCAUAUCAGUUGGUAUCUCCAUGCCUAUCCCUGUCUUUGGACUACAAAAUGACUGCAAAGUGUUUAAGAAAGGCCACUGCCUCCUUGCAGAUGAGAAUUUUGUCCUAAUAGGCUCCUUUGCAGCAUUCUUCAUCCCUCUAACCAUCAUGGUGGUCACUUAUUUUUUAACUAUCAGGUCCCUGCAGAAAGAAGCCAUGCUGUGCGUGAAUGACAUUGGCCCAAAGACCAAGUUUGCCUCUUUUAGUUUCCUCCCUCAGAGCUCCCUUUCUUCAGAGAAACUCUUCCAGCGCUCUUUGAACAGGGACAUGGGGACCUCCGGGAGGAGAACCAUGCAAUCCAUCAGCAAUGAGCAGAAAGCUUCCAAGGUCCUUGGCAUUGUCUUCUUUCUGUUUGUUGUGAUGUGGUGCCCGUUUUUCAUCACCAAUGUGAUGGCUGUAAUUUGUAAGGAGUCAUGCAACGAAGAAGUCAUUGGUGGGCUACUUAACAUAUUUGUUUGGAUUGGGUACCUUUCUUCAGCCGUCAAUCCACUCGUAUAUACGUUGUUCAAUAAGACCUACCGCUCAGCUUUCUCUCGCUACAUUCAGUGUCGCUACAAGGAGGAGAAGAAACCUUUCCAGCUGAUUUUAGUGAAUACUAUCCCAGCGCUUGCGUAUAAUUCUAGCCAGCUCCACCUGGCUCAAAUGAAGAGCUUGAAAAAAGAGGCAAAAUUGAUGAGUAAGGAUUAUUCGAUGGUCACGAUAGGAAUACGCCAUAUGGAUGGUACCUCAAAGGGAAGCAUCAGUCCAGGGAAUGAAAAGGUCAGUGGUGUGUGACUCUACCAGCUGUUGGCAGCUGCCAUGACAACCCCAAGUGUACACUGAGAAUUUCAUCUCGCGGUGAGAUGCUCUGAGAGUACAAGAAAAUCAGCCCUGUCUGAGAGACCCUCCAGUAACAUCACAUACGCCUCAUGUUAUCCUGUUGAUGAAAAGCAGGGUGGAAUGGUAUCAAAUGUGCAAUUUUUUUUCAUACAGUACUUUGGCUGUUUUAAGCACAGGCUUUAUUAAACUUAUUUUUUUAAUAGUAUAAGGGAUAUAUUUCUUAAAGAAAAAAAAAUGCAAUUUCUGGUAUUAUAAUUAUGGGCUGUGAAGAAAUCUACGCAUUUCUUUUCUCUUUGCAAAUGAAAGCUAAGCUGUCCUUUGAUUUCCUUGCAGGGUAGGCUCCAGCUAGUUCAUCUUGCUGCAAUGGGAUUUUGUUAUCAUUAACUGAAUGAGCACUUUAUGGAACUUUAAAUAAAAUGAUGGUUAAUUUACUAAUAUAUAUUUAAAAUACGUUUUAAAGCAUUAAAGAAAAAUCUAUUAAAACCUGUAUAGAUGAAUUAUAUAGAAAUUUUGGUAACAGUGUUUUUAUGGCUACUUUUUUCUUCCGGGUGACCAUUCUGAAAUGUUAAUGGACUUUUCCACCACUUGUUCCAUGUUCAAAUUAGCAGUCUUCAAAAGUAAAUUAUACUUGAAUGCUCCCCUGUUUCUACCACCAUUCUUAAUCUUCUAUCUGACGUCUUGCACUUUAUUUCCAUCUAAAAAAAAUCACCUGUUCUAACACAGAACUUCAAAGCAAUUUUUUCAAAAGUCAUUAUUGGACUUGAUUCUCUGCUCCUUCCCACUGGUGUUGACAGGGAAGUGAAGUGACAGAAGAGUGGAAAAUCAAGCAAAGGACUGCUAAGUAAUUUCAAGAGUGAUUCCAUGCCUCUGCUUGGAUCCAGCAGGGCCUGUUUUAUGUAACGUCAGUGAAAGUUUUGAAUGAGAAAAUCCUUUAGUGAAAGGUUUCAGCAGAUUCUCUCUCACCAUUUCUCUUUGGUUAAAAAGGCCAUUAUGAAGGUGUCCUUCUGGAUUUCUUUUAGUGCUCAUAGAGUCAGAAUUAUCAAAACCUGUUACUUGUUCAAAAUUGUUUUCCCUGGUUUUGCUGUUUUGCUGUUACAGUAGAUUGCUCAGGAAUGAUAGGUAGCUUGCACUAUUAGGACUCAGCCUUAAUGAAAUACGUUUGGGCAAAUCGGGCCCAAUUGAAAAUAACAGGACUUAUCAACAGCACCAUAUUUCACCUGCACAUCUCCAAGGGCAGGAUGCAUUACAUAAAGAACAUGAAAUACGUUGUCUGGAAGAGUGUUGUCUGAUGACUUUUAGGCAUCAUGGACAUUUUAACUAAAGUCAGUGGGACUGUGCUGGAGAGCAGAAACACAAAUGUUGCAUCAAAAUUCAGUCCAAGCAUUUGAUUCAUUACAUGAACUUUACAGCCACAAGUAGAAUGCAUUCCAGUUUCAGACCCUGUCCAAUCUGAAAAAAUAGUACUACCUAUCCAGAAACCAAACUCCAAUGCCUUCAUCAUUUAACAAGUCCUUCUCUUGAAGCUGUUUAGUUUCCAUAGAGCAAUUAAAUAUCCACUAGGGUAAAGAAAGAGAGAUAAACAAAUCUCAUUCAUCCAACAGAGUUUGGCUCAGAAAAGGGAGACCUUCAAUUUAAAACAUUGAAUUCUGUGGUAAUACAAGACUUAGAACUUGGGUGGUUGUUCGGCUGAUUUCCAAGCAACCACUUUUAUUAUUCUUCUACCUGUUACCAGUAAGAUAACUAAAUCUGAUGGUUUUUUAAGGGGCAGUUCCCUCCAUAGAAUCAUAGAAUCGUAGAUUCAUAGAAUCACUCAGGCUGGAAAAGACCUUCAAGAUCAUCGAGUCCAACCACAACCUAACCAAACUACCCUAACUCUAACAACCCUCCGCUAAAUUAUGUCCCCGAGCACCACAUCCAAAGAGUUUUUAAACACAUUCAGGGAUGGUGACUCAACCACCUCCCCGGGGAGCCUAUUGCAGUGCUUAACAACUCUUUCUAUAAAGAAGUGUUUCCUGAUAUCCAACCUAAACUUACCCUGGUGCAACUUAAGGCCAUUUCCCCUCAUCCUGUCACCUGUCACCAGUGAGAAGAGACCAACCCCGCUCUCGCUGUAAGCACCUUUUAGAUAUUGGAAGAGAGCAAUAAGCCACUCCCCCCCAAGUCAUAGGAUAUGGAUAGGAUGGGAUAGGUCAUAGCACGUCAUCCAUAGGCAUGUGGCCAUUAAUGGUUACUCCCCCAAAACUGGGACCUUUGGGUCCCAUAAGAAAUCAACUGGUGUAAAUAUUGUGCUCACCAAGAUGAUUGUUGGAAACACCCAGACACCAGAAUCAAAACAGAAGAGCUUUAGCAGAAGGAAAAAUCAGCUCACUGUUCCUCCCUUCCUAUACCCUCCCAACUCCUGCAUGGCACAUCAAGAGGGGUGCAAGCCCACAGCUCCACACAGGUAGAGAAGGAAUUUCAGGGGGAAUCUGCAAAACAUAGCUGAGCACGAGGACAGCUGCAAAGCAGACAGGAACAGUGGGACUUUCCACUGUUUGUUAAGGAGUUUGAUACAGACCCUAAAUCAGCAGGUUUGAGUCAAGGACAACCACCAGCUCCUAUUGCACCAUCCAGACAGCAUAACUACAGGGUACCCCACAGAACAGGGUGUUCAGAACCUCCUGGUGCCCAAACAUGUCCUCUCUGCAAAUGGAAGACGGUUUUGAGGAUUCACCCUUGAGAUCUCCAGGGGAAAGGUAGGGAGCAAUAAAACCUAAGUACUGUGAGUAGGGAGCUCUGGAUCUUGCACCAAACCAGACUGCCUUCAAAGGAGGAAUACUGAUCGAAGGACUCCAAGUAUGAGGGGAAAGGAAACACAGGUGCUACUAAAAGUGGAGGGAAAUGCUACCUUUAGUGCAAUUCCUUCCAAUUUUGUUGCAUUUCUGUACUUUCAAGAGAAAUAAGCAGAAAGGACAGAGAGCCCAUGUGCUAUUGCCCAUCUGUGCCAGGGAGCAGAGUGUACCAUAACAUGUAUACGGGCAUCCUGCACUUUUCCACAGCUCAGUUCUUCCAGAUCUCCUGUUGCUGUUCAGCACAGUCUCCCCUACUCGGCUGCUCUUAAUAAGCUGCUGCUGAACAUUUCACAUCCACUGCCAAUGCUCUCUGCUUACUAUCUGCAUUUCACCCACAUGGCAGUGUAAAUCAGCCUGCCAUCUCUCUCUCCUUUCACCUUCUGUUCCUCUUUCACAAUGUGAAAUUGCUCAGGUUGCAAAUACUGACAGGGAAUGUUUCAAUGCAAACAGAAAGGGUUUCAAUUUACUUGCUUGAUGUUUCAUUAGAAGACAACUCUGAACACGAAAUCCUUUCCCACUUAUUAAAACAAAACCUGUGUUUGGGGCCUAAGAGACUUGACAGCAUUUCUUUAAUUAACAGCUGGAGGCAACAUAACAUUUAUUUUUGGUUAGAAGCGGGGAUAUCGGAUGCCAGAGAUUGUAACACUGCUAGCACUCAGAUAGAUGGCUUUAUUAAGAGAGCAGAGGCUUCUGCCCAAGAAACCUCUCUAAGCCAGGAAUGUGAAGCAGAUGAAAACUAUGGUCUCCAGCCUUAUGAAGAUAUCUGACAGUUUUGGAAGGACUGAUUCUGCCACUUCGCACCAAAAUUUUAAUAGAUUUUUUCUGUGGUUUGCCUUAGGGAUGAUGACAGAGUCAAUGUCUGAAUUUGUAACACCCACCGUGCCAGUUCUGCAGGAGGUUGUUAAUCAGGAGAUGGCAAUUAUAAGUCAUUAUACUGCUGCCAGAUGUCAAAGUUCAGCCAUUUUCAACCAGAAUUUGCUUAUAGGCUUGGGACGAACACUACUGUUUGAUAUGACCAGCUUCAGAGCAACAACUCCAUCUUGCAAAAAAAAAAAGUGUUUUCAUUAUGCAUCAGACCAGAAUGGAAAUUGUGAAAAUUUCCAGGAAAAGAAGAAGGAAAGAGACAUUCACACUGACUAGAUCAGAGGUCAGGGGCCUUCCCCUGCCAUACAGGAAGAGCAUGACAAGUCAGUCUGUCACAUCCACGUCCAACAGAACUGCUUCAUCUGAAAAAUGCUUUAACUGACAAUUUUUCAAGCAGUUCUACGUUUUAUUACUGCUGAGACUGCAUCUGAGAAAUGCCCAAAGACAUGAAGCUCACCAUGUAUCUCCUAAGCUGGUGUGCAUACUUUAUAUACUUCAGGGUAAAGCAUCCUAAGUAUCGAUCCCAUCCAGCCUAUCAUGCACUGUACUUAUGUAAUUAUUGGCAAAUGGUGAGAUGCAUUCUAUUUUGAAUACCUGUAUCUUUGCUUAUGUAAAUACAUAGAGAAAAAUGUUUGCUGUAUUUUGUAAAUGCUGAUGUAAAAUGGUGUUCUAAAGCUUUAUUGUUUUGUCAGAUCCCACUGCUCAAAAAGCAGAUUAAAAUAUUCAAAUGCCAUCAGUUGU